GGGGGCAUCCAAAGUGUGUUAAUCCCGCGCGAGCACAUGGAACUCGAAAUGUUGCAGCCUGUUUUCUGCACGGAAUGCAAACAUGAACGUACGGCUCGAGAGAACCGCGAAAUGACGAGUUUCAGUUGGAAUUUACGUUAAACUAAUGUUUCUGUUAAUAUAAACAUAAGCGGAUAUUAAACAUCACAGCUGAGCUUGUAUACAUAAUAUCGCACUGCUGUAAAAGCGCUGCUAAGUCCAGUUGGUUUGCGGGUACUGGUGAACGCUGGCGUUAUGCGUCGGAGCAGAAGGACGGAGACGGAAAUGGAGCCAUGGAUCGAACAACUCAUACACAACUACGACAAAUACCAGCCGGAGAUCAGCUUCAGAGCGCAUGUUGUGGGGGUCGGCGACGUGGCUGCGGCACAGUGCACGGAUGAGCCUGACGCCUGCAUGCUGUUCCUGUCCGACGGAGCUGUUUUCAUCCCUGCUGUGCUCAGCGCAGCCGCCUGGGAACGUAUGCAGGAGUGAGCACGGCUGGGCACCUAUUGACUAGAUGUUAUGACACCACUGACUAAACACCUGAGCCCUCGUGGUGAUUUUAGGUUGGAGGAGAGAGAAACCUUUUCGGGGCUGAAUAACACAACAGUGUCUGUGCGAAAAUUUCAGCUGAACUUUCACAUGGACCCAGAGCUGACGUCAUGUCAGUUUUAUCUCAGGAUGAGUCAAGUCAUCACUGUGGGCAAAGUCACCAGACAUUACCAUCCACCCAGCUGCACAACACUCCACUCAGUUAAACAAAAAAUCUUACAAACAUGGCGAUCCCUAAGGAAACAAUGUUCUCUCAACUCAAUGAGCUCCCAGUCAGGAUUCCCUCUUUCCUGUCUAAUGGGAGCAUGGCACAGUGACAUCAUCAUGGAUUUGUUGAAUGAUGCAAUAAAGAGAAUUACCCCAUCUACUGUGUGUCACUCAAAUGUGGCCACGCCUACUUACUGGCACAGAGAGAGACUUCGCUGCAGGGGCGAGGAGUAUUUCAGCACUCCUGUGUCUCAUCUCCUAAUCCCUGAGGAGCAGAAGGAGCUGUUGACAGCUGAUCUUGGGAAGUCUAGUGGGAGUGAAACUCCAAGUGGCUUGCUGCCUCCCCAUACAGAUGUGAUGAAAUGCCAGCCAAUCAUUGCUCAGGAGCAAGAGAGACACUCCCCUACCAUGGCAUUUGAUAGGCCAACAGAUGGAGACCGUCCCACCCUGCACCACAUGGGACCAGGGUUCUGCUGUAGUGGAGGCGUGAGUGGAGAGAUGGUGAACCCAUGGGACAUGUUCAGCCCUGCCCCUGACCUGCUAGGAACCCCGUCCUCCUGUUCAGAAAUCAGCAUCGAGCCCCUCUCACAACAUGGCAGCCAGUCACUGAUGAUCACAGAGCCACAAGUGCCCAUGGCAACAAGCACCCAAGCCCAGUGCUCCAAUCCCAGCACAGGAGAGACAUCAGGGAGCAGUGUUACACCCUAUCAGAAACCACACCCACCUUUGCACAGCCUCACCUGCUUGAGUGAUGAGACCAGCACAGACACACCUGAGGAGGGUCAAGUCAAGCAGCAGGUGUUGAGUCCACCAACAUGGACUGGUCACAGUACAGUGCUGUCCACUCAAGAGAACACUCCAGGGGGCCCCAUUCACAAUAAGACCCCUCCUGUAUCCCCACCCACCAAAACAGGCCAGGUGCAUUCAGAUGGCAGCGGUUUCUCAUAUACAUAUGAACCAAGUCCAGAGGUCGUCUCUGCUCUAACCCACUUCAAAGUCCCAGAGGAGUUAGUGCAGUGGGCGAUGGCUUACCUCGGGGUCCCUGGGCGUAUGUGUAUGGACCAUAGUGGUGGAACAGAGCACAGAGACAGAGCCCUGCUGCCACACACAAUUACAAAUGGAAAACACUGAAACAAUACAUUUUGUACAUGUCAGAAUUCUGUAAUUAGUAUUAUAUGGACUCAUGGUUUUAUGAUAUGUUAACUAUACCAAUGAAGUGUUAUGUUCACUGUUACUGGUGCUAAAACAAAUGUCCUUAUUUUAAUAAUGUAUGUAUAGUUUACUAAUAUUCUAGUGCUGUGGUUUAAGAAAUACUGGGGUCUGAGGACUGUAAUAAUACAUUUUAAUAAUAAAUAGAUGGGCUAUAAUUUGCAAUGUACCUGUAAGAUAUGGGGACAGAGUAAAGUGGUAAAUAAACAUGCUAAAUGGA